AUCGAUCUUGUUUACCUUCAUCGUUUCUUUCUUAAGCUCAUACCUACCAGUUGAAUCUACCAAUUUCAUCCUCUUUUGGGUUUAAUCAAGAGAUUAUCUUUUUCGAGUUUUUGUUCAUCUACCGUCUUCUUCGUGUAUAUGCCAAUUGUUUGCAAUGGUUAAACCCCUUCUUCCCCACAAGAUGGUUUCCCAGGGUCAUUCAGAUAUGAAGAGUAGUGGAGCUUAGGAAAUCAGAUGUUUCGGAGGAAGUUGCGAAGAACAAGCAGAGGUCUGACAUUAUUCCGACUUUGAAGAAAGAUGCUAAGAGGAUGGAUGAGCCUGUUCACUCUUCUUCAAGUUCCUCCUCUUCAAGUUCCACCUCGUCUCUUUUGGUUGAGAAACCCAAUAUGCCUUGUGUGGAUGACGAAGCACAGUCUGCACCCAAGGUGCUCGAUGAAAUGCCCUAAUCAGAUGGGGUUCAAGAAGAGCCCAAAAAGCCUAGCUUUGCUCAAUUGUUUGCAGGUUGCAGACAUAACCAAAGCUUUGAAAGAAGGAAGGAAGCCCGUUCCAGGAACUCCAGUGGUGAGAAAGAUUCAUCAGACAAGACAACUACUCCCACCACUAAUGAAUAUGUUUAUUUUCACGAGCAAGCGUCAAUGUAGUGGCAAUUUCAAGAACAUCACCCAUGUAUGUGUGCAUUGUGGAUUGUUCUUUCCGCAGAUUGUGAAGUUGGUCUUUGAGUUGAGAGAUAUAUGUAUGAGAUGACGAAUUGUACCCUUGAUGAAGUUUAUCCCAAAUACCAGUAGCAGUGGGAUAAAGAUACACCAGAUUUUGAACCAAUGGUGAAAGAGAGAAAGGAGAGAGCCACACAAUUGUGCAUCGAUAACUUUUAUAUUCCCUCGAUCCCAAAUUUGAAUACAAUUUUUUUCUCUCCUCUCGAUAACUUUUGUUUGUUUACGCAAUUUUACUAAGUAUUUGAUCAAAUAAAAUAUUUUUGUCGCCUAUUGUUUUGUAGAACUUUUGACUUAGUUUUUUAAUUUAUAAUUUUUAUUUCUUAUUGAUAUACCGAUUUAUAAGUAAAAUAAUUUAAAAAAGUGGGAUAUUUCUCCUCGUAGACCCCAAUUUGUAAUCAAAUUUGGGUUGGAGG